CUGUGUGUGAUUUUGUGAACACGAGUACGUUCAAGCUCGUUCGCUAGUGCUCUCUUAUCAUCCCAUGACGAAAUUCCUAAACUAAUUUUACUAUGGAGUAAAACAAAUUAACGAUUCUUUGGUUUACUUCAUUAACAGAAAAUCUGAUUAGGUAUUUGUCAUUUACUAUGAAAAGUGCGUAAUUAUUUUAGACUCAUGUGUUGGGAUACGCUGUUCGCCAUGUCUACGGAUUUUAUGAAUAUUGAUGGUAACAUAAAAAGGGUGCAGAAAGAAACUUUAACGCCAUACAAAAUAGCAACUGUCAUUUUAAUUAAAGAAUACUGUAAUACAACAACGAAAGUAAUAGCCGAAAGACGUAAUUUUUGUUUGGCUGCAUUAAAAUUGAUACAAUCACCAGAUAUGGAGCUCAAUGCACUUUUGGAUAUAUUAUAUUCUGACGAAUAUAUGUUAUAUCGUUUUGGACGUCAGUUGGUAGUACAGUUAAAAAUGUUAAAUGGAAAGGGCGUUGAAGGAUUAUUAGAUUUAUUCGAUAGCGUUGUACGUCUUAUGAAACCAACUUUGGACAAUUCACGAUCUUUGCCGGCAUUAAAUAAAAACUCUGUUCUCGGAUUGUACAUAAGAAGAAUUAUUAUUUUCUUUGAAAAACUACCUUUCGAUCAAGUUGUAUCACUGUACGAGGCUUUGAAAAAAUAUUUAGAGAGAAAGACGAAUGUUUCUGAAAGUUCUGAUAUUUCCACGGGUUCUGAAGUAGAAGAUUCAUAUUUACAUGAAAUUAAAACAACUUGGGGUGGAAGACAAGCAGAAUUACUGGUCGCACAGCAAGCACAUGCACUACAGACGGAUGAACACAAAGCAAUGUCUCCACCGGAGCUGCAAGUUCUCGUACGAGAACUUCUGAGUUCCAGUCCUUACUAUGCAGAAGCUCAUUAUUUAAGCUACUUGAAUUGUUUACGAGUCAAUGAAUACUGCGGAGCUAUAGACAGUCUUUAUCAUUGCUUCGAUAGACUAGCUCCAUUGGAAAAUCGAUCAGCACCCGAGGAUAGAACUCGUAUUUUCAGAUAUGCUGCUCUAAAUUUGGCAGUUCUACACGCACAAUUUAAUCAUAAGGAAGUAGCACAAGCUGCUUUAAAAGAAGCUAUCAUGAUGGCUCAAGAAGCUGGUGAUAAUGUAUGUUUGCAAUUGUCACAUGCUUGGAUGUAUCAUCUGACUAGCAAUCAAAAGGGACCUCUUAUAGAAAGGUCGAUUGGUAAGGCAAGUAUGCUGGGAAUAACUCAUACGACUGGUUUAGGUCUCAUUGCAUACGCUCACAAUUCUGCUUUAGAAGCUAAGAGUCCGUCACAAGUGUUUGAGACACUAAUGAAAUCUGAUGUUUUAAAUUGUCAACAUUCCAUGAUCGACCUAAUGUCAAUGACAUAUGCUGAAAAGUCUGCGUUGUGGACGUAUUACGGUAAAACCGAGAUGUCUUCGGUUUGUGCGCAAUUGCUGCUUUUACAUAAUACAGGGGAUAAAAAGCAGCAUAUGUUCAACGGACCAUCUAUUUGUCAUGUUGUUGUUAAUAUCGCAAACAUUUUAGUCGAAUUUGGUGAAUAUAAUUUAGUCGAUGCUGUACUUGCUCAUGCCAAGGAGAGAUUCCCCAAUGAGCCAUGUAAUAAGGUAUGGAUGUUAAGUGAGCAACUUUAUAUAUUCACACAAUUAAUGAGACACGAGAAGUGGAGCGAGGCUGAAACAGUAGCAUUGAAUAUUUCAAGCUUGGAUCCGGUAGAAUGUAAAUUUAGGUUAGCAGAAGUGUGCUUGGGUAAGGGAGAUUAUCCAAAGGGUUUGGAGUGCAUCGACGGUAUCGAAAAAGACGAGCAAGUAACAACGCAAAAUAAAAUACGAGCUUUAAUUUUGUCAAGUCAAAUAAUAUGCGCGUCUGUUCUACCGGAAAAUGGAAUUGCUGGAAUAAAUUCUCUGGUACUUCUAAAUACAGCUUUAGAACUGGCUGUACAAAAUCAUUUAUCAUAUUACGAAGCACUGAUUAAAAUGCAUCUUGCAAACAUUCAGCUGAUAAUGGGAAUGCCAACUUUAGCAUUGAACUUAGUGGAAGACGUUAUUAUUCAAAUUUUGGCGCAUGCCGGAUAUUACGAUCAGGGCAGAGCGUUCGUUUUGUAUGCGAAAUGUUUAGUUGCUACUGCUCCGAUGUGUAGUGGGGCACGGAAAGAAGUAAUUUUAAAGGCUAUUAAAGCACUGUCCAAAGCAAAAGAUUAUUUUACAAAAGUUGAAGCAUACGGAAGGCUACGGGCUACUUUGUGUCUAGAGUCUUUAUUGUGUCACGAAAUCGAUCUAAAAAUUGAACGGAAUCAGUGUGCUUUUGAAUUUCGUCAGUUAGAUGAACAAUUUCUCACUAAACUGGACAAGUUGUCUUUAUAUUAGAAAUUAAAUAAUUGCAAAAACAUGUAUUGUUUCUCUUUGUAUUCAGAACAUUCUACUGUGGAAUAUAAAAUUUCUUUAAAAUUCUGCCUUCUAUUUAUUUUGUAUGUGAACGACGAAUACCGAUAGGCGAGUUUUAAAACGCCGACAUUGACA